GGCAGCCACAUGCAGGGAGCUUCACCUCCUGCCUCUUGUCAGGCCUCGGGCAGCAGCUCCCAGCUCAGCAGCAGUGGAAUGGAAAAUCCUGCUUCUCCCUACAGACCUCCUCUGCUUGGUAUGGAUUUAUAAACACGUGCCUGAAGUCUUUGGUGGUUGAAAAGUACGGUGAAGAGACAUGGGAAAAAUUAAGGCUGCAGGCUGGAGUCCAGGAUUCUUUCUUAACUUUUGAGGUUUACAAAGAUGAGAUCACAAUGCAGCUUGUCGACAAAGCCUGCAAAGUGUUAGGUGUUCCUGCUGACAUUGUUCUGAGGGAGUUUGGAAAGUAUUUCUUUGAAUUCUGUAAGCGCUCAGGCUAUGACCACAUGCUGAGGACACUGGGUGGAAAUCUCUACGAGUUCAUAGAGAACCUGGAUGCCUUGCACAGCUACCUGUCCCUUUCUUACCAGGAGAUGAAUGCACCAUCUUUUAGAGUAGAAAAGAAUGAAGAUGGGUCAAUGCAUUUACAUUACUAUUCAGACAGAAGAGGUCUGUGCCAUAUUGUGCCAGGAAUCAUCGGUGCAGCAGCCCUGGAUUUUUUUAACAUUGAGAUUUCAAUGAAAAUAGUCAAUCAAACAGAAGAAGAAGAGGAAAGAACUGGGAAAAAAGAACAUAUUGUUUUUCUUGUCACUCAAAACCCUCUCUUUCCAUCCAAGGAAAGAAAUGAAUUUUCUUCCUCAUCUCAAUGUCUUGUUGACUCUGAAAAACAAAUUGAGAACCAACUGAAUAAAGAGGACCUUGAAAAAGCCAAGAAUGCAACUGGAGACAGAGGGAACUCUGUUUGUCCUGUUAAGAAGAGUCACUGGAGAACAUUAAGAGGAAUAAUCACAUUAGGAAAAGGUAAGCUCCUGAGAGGAUUUGAUCCUGUUUAUCCCAAGAGCCUCUGGAUUGAUACAAAAACGUUUUGCAAUGGACUUCCUUUUCAUAUGGUUUUUGACAAAGAGCUCAAAGUGAAGCAAGCUGGGGUGAGCAUUCAAAAGAUUGUACCUGGCCUUCAGACCAUGGGCAUCUGCUUGGAUCAGUACUUCAGGAUUGUUCACCCAGAAGUACCCUUCACCAUCUCCAGCAUUCAGAAAUUCAUCAACAGCCAAUUUGUUUUCCAGACUAGGAGAGAGAUGAUGCCUGAGUCAUGGAAAGAACGGCCAAUGCUAGAGCUAAGAGGCCAGAUGAUGUGGAUGGAGUCCCUGCAGUGCAUGCUCUACCUCUGCUCACCUUUGCUUCGCACUUUGCAUGAGCUGGAGGAGCGGCAGAUGCACAUUGCAGACAUCGCCCCUCACGACGUGACCAGGGACUUGAUUCUCCUCAAUCAGCAGCGAUUGGCAGAGAUGGAGCUCUCAAACCAGCUGGAGAGGAAGAAGGAGGAGCUGCGGAUCCUGUCGAAGCACCUGGAGGAAGAGAAGAAGAAGACUGAAGCUCUGCUCUAUGCCAUGCUUCCCCAGCACGUGGCCAACCAGCUGAAAGAGGGGAAGCGAGUUGAGGCAGGAGAGUUCAAGGAGUGCACUAUAUUGUUCAGUGAUGUGGUGACCUUUACCAACAUUUGUGCCCAGUGUGAGCCUAUUCAGAUAGUUCUCAUGUUAAAUUCAAUGUACCUGAGGUUUGACAGACUGACCACAGUGCAUGAUGUGUACAAGGUGGAGACGAUUGGAGAUGCCUACAUGGUGGUAGGUGGGGUCCCUGUGCCCGUACCCACUCACGCAGAGCGAGUUGCUAAUUUCGCCUUGGGCAUGAUAAUGGCUGCCAAAGGAGUACAGAACCCAGUUUCUGGGAAUCCUAUCCAAAUUCGAGUUGGGAUCCACACAGGUCCUGUCCUGGCGGGAGUUGUUGGAGAAAAGAUGCCUCGUUACUGCUUGUUUGGAGACACGGUGAAUAUCGCCUCCCGUAUGGAGAGCCAUGGCGUGCCCAGCAAAAUUCACCUGAGCUCCAGUGCCUAUCAGUGCCUAAAAUACAAGAAUUUUGAGAUUACUGAAAGAGGAGAGAUAGAAGUAAAAGGAAAAGGGAAAAUGCGCACAUACUUCCUCAUUAGAAAUAAAUCUGCAACUGAGAAUGAGAUUAUGGGAAAGCCAAUGAAAGAUUUGGAUUCUGGCCAUGAAUCUGUUCAGUCCUUUCCAGAAGGCAAGACUGAAACUAUACCAAGUUCUCAUCAACCAGCUACUCAGACUCAGCAAAAGAAGGACCAGACCCCAGCUAUUGCAAUGAAGUAUGUUGAUGGCCCCCCAGAUGCACAAAACAGCCUGAAAAGAAGAAAUCAGACGAAAGUUGGAGAUUUAACAGGCAAAACUUGUGAUUCCAAAAGCGAUGGGAGUCUCCAUGGCAACCAGCAUGCAGAUGAUGGUCCUCAUCCUCCAAACCAGGGAAGAGUCAAACCUGCUGCUGAAGAGCCACAGAAUAGAAAUGUUCGCUCUAAUUUUUGCACUUUACUCUAG